AUGGAGCUGGCCCUGCAGGGCUACAAUGAUCCCCAGCCACACCUGCUCGCUCGAGUGAGGGAGCACCUGGCAGAAUGCCAGGAUGAUGCAGCAGUGUGCCUAGUAUGCCUGGAGACCAUAGCAUCAGCAGAAGCUGUGUGGUACUGUCGUGGGGGGUGCUACGUGAUGACCCACCUUGGCUGCGCACAGUCCUGGGCGCGGCAGCAGCUGGACGCGGCAGACGCCAAGACAAUCCACAGCCUGGGUCAAAUCGAGCGUGACCCCGGCCAGGCCCCGCCCACGUGGGCCUGUCCCAAGUGCCGCCAUGAGUAUGCAGCCUCUGCCAUCCCCCGGGACUACUCCUGCUUCUGCGGCAAGGUGGCAGAGCCCGCGGCCGACCCCUGGCUCCUGGCGCACAGUUGCGGCGGGACCUGUGGCCGUCCGCUCCCCGGCUGUGGGCACCCCUGUGCCCUGCUCUGCCACCCAGGCCACGAGGUGCGGCAGCUGCCCUGCAGCGCAAGCGGCCCCUACGCCUGCGGCGCGCCCUGCGAUAAGCCGCUGGCGUGCGGGCGGCAUGCUUGCGCGCUCGCCUGCCACGCGGGACCCUGCACGCCCUGCACGCGCCGGUGUGGGGUGGCGCGGGGGGCGUGCGCGCACGCCUGCCCGCUCGCCUGCCACCCGGACGCCUGCCCAGUGUGUGUAGAGCUGGUGCAGCAGGCAUGCCACUGCGGCAAGUCGACGCUCAGCAUCGCCUGCGCGCAGCUGACUGGUCAGGAGUCCCGACCAGACCGCGACCUGCGCAGCUGCGGGGCUGUCUGUCUCCGCACGCUGCCCCUGUGUCCCCACCUUUGCCGAGAGCCAUGCCACGGGGGCCCCUGUCCCGGGUCCGGCACCUGCCAGGAGCUGGUGACGGUGCGGUGCGCCUGCAAGGCGACCAAGCAGCGGAUGCCCUGCGUCGAGGCGCGCGCGCUGCUGGCGAGGAGCGGGCGGGAGCCCCGGGUCGAGGACGGCGUGGCCCUCCGCCUGCUGCCAUGCAGUGCCGCCUGCAGGGCCAAGCCUGGGCCGGCGCGCUCCGAGGCUGCUGCCGCCAAGGGACCGGCGCCGCCUGACGAGGCGAGCGGCAUCCCUGCUGCGGCUGGGGGCCCGGCGGCCCCCAAGCCACGCUCGGGCCUGCUCCAGCGCGCGGCUGGGGAGGGAGGAGCGGUCGACGACGGCAAGAAGAUAGGCCACCGUGUAGCGCGCCCUGCCGGCCCCAGUCACCCCCCCGCGCCGUCCGCCCGGGAGCUGAGGCUGCGGCAGCAGCGACAGAGGGUGCUGGUGCGGGCCGGGCUCCUGGUCGCGGUCGUGCUGCUCGUCGUCGGUCUGGCGCUGUGCCUCACCAGGCUGCUGGCUGGCGCCGAUGCCUGGGCCCGCAGAGCCUGGGGCCAGCCUGGGGCAGCCUGA